UAAUAUUUGGGGUCACAAGUUUUUGCCAUGGAUAUUUUGUGGGUCAGAAGAUAAAAAGUUUGGGAACCACUGGUCCAGGGUGUAGUUGUAGGAAUGUUUGUGCUCUGAAAGGCCUGUUGACUGGCAGCCAUCUUUAAACGGAUUGUCCGUGGUGGGCCCUGAACGCACCAUCAGUCCGGAUCCAGAGAACAGAAUUCGCUCCAGUUCUUCCAUCGUCCCGACCGGACUCCAUGUUGUUCCGUCAGCCUCGAACAAGUGCUCUGUCCGAAAACUCUCACGUUGCAACUUGUCUCUGUCUGAGAAGUUAAGUUGUGAGUGCAAGUGAGUGUUUAGAGUGUCCAGAAAAAGGAAAAAAAGAUGGCAGACUACAGGGACGACACCGGAGCUCGAGCCCUGUUAGCUUUACAGUCGGCCCCGUGCAGCCCUGUGCGUGUUGCGGUGACCUCUCACGCCUAUCUUCAGCCYUCGCUACCCCUCCUGGGUCCUCCGAUCAUGGAAGCUCGCAACGACGUCGGGAGUUUUCCUGCGAGACUUUCUUCUACUCCUCCGCAGGCCCUGGCGAGGCUCGAGGGCCGGGACUUCGAGUUUGUCAUGCGCCAAAGGACGGUCACCAUAGGCCGGAACUCGUCCCACGGCUCCGUGGACAUCAACAUGGGUCACUCGAGUUUCAUUUCGAGGCGACACCUGCAGAUUAUCUACGACGAGGCGGGCGGUUUCUCCCUACGGUGCCUGGGCAAGAACGGCGUGUUUGUUGACGGAGUGUUCCAGCGGAGGGGAGCACCGCCACUGCCGCUGCCAAGAGAGUGCGUGUUUCGUUUUCCCAGCACUGUCAUCAAGAUCCAGUUCAUGUCCCUCCUGGAUGCUGAGGAGCACAGAGAGCAGGAGCCAUCUCCUCCCCCUCGCCCACUUCUGCCCCAUAUUUCCCCUCUUAAAAUCUGCAUUCCCACAGCGCAGCAGCACGAGGAGCACAUCAGGGCCUUCGGCUCUCCGCUGCCGUCACCCACUGGCACAAUCAGUGUCCCUAACUCCUGUCCAGCCAGUCCACGCGGGGCAGGGUCGUCCGGGUACCGCUACGGACGCAACGUGACCUCUGACCUCCAGUUAGCCGCUGAAUACGCUGCCAAGGCCGUUUCUGAGCAGAGGCGAAGUCUCGCUGAGCAAAGAGGUGGAGGGAGUGAGCAGCGUGUGGAGCCAGUGGGAGGAGACAGCCCAAAGGAUGAAUCCAAACCUCCGUAUUCCUAUGCACAGCUGAUAGUCCAGGCUAUUUCUUCAGCUCCAGACAAGCAGCUGACUCUCAGUGGGAUUUAUGCCCACAUCACCAAACACUACCCCUACUAUCGCACUGCAGACAAGGGCUGGCAGAACUCAAUCAGACACAAUCUGUCUCUGAACCGCUACUUUCUGAAGGUGGCCCGUUCUCAGGAUGAGCCCGGGAAAGGGAGUUUCUGGCGCAUCGACUCGGCUUCUGAAAGCAAGCUGGUGGAGCAAGCCUUCAGGAAAAGACGGCAAAGAGGGGUGGCGUGCUUCAGGACACCGUUCGGACCUCUGUCGUCAAGAACAAAGAGCGCCCCUGCAUCCCCGACCCACCAGGGACUCCUGUCUCCUCCAUCCAGUGGUCUGCAGACUCCAGAGUGUYUGAGCAGAGAGGGCUCUCCCAUCCCUCAUGACCACCACGAACAGCUGGCRAACAAACUGGCAUCUGUGCCGGAGUAUAGGUACUCCCAGAGUGCCCCAGGCUCUCCAGUCAGUGCUCAGCCCGUCAUCAUGGCUGCUCCUCCUCAUCCAACAAUCCUGAACUCAGGCCCUGGGAAAACUCUCGCUUUAGUUCCAGGUGGCGGCGGUCAAGUCCAGCCCAUCCACCUGCUUCAAAACGCCCCUCAGCCCUCGGUCACCAUGGUGAGGGUGGUGACCCACACCCCGCCAUCUUCCAACCCUCCAAACGGGUACAGCACUCCUACUGUUGGAGGAGUGGAGAGCAAUAACAACAUCAGAGAGGCUCAGCUCAGCAGAGAACUGGUGAUCCAGACUGUGGACAGCGCCGUGCAGGGUGGGGAGGGACGUCACCUGACCCCAGGUCUGCACCAGCUUCCUGUUCGCCCCGUUACCCAGAACGGCAAGCACGCCGCCGCCGCYGUUUCCAUGGCAACCAGCUUCACCAGUGCUUCCGGCCUGAACAGUCCUCUGCAGAUCUUGGCCGCGCAGGCCUCCAGCUCCCCUCCGGUGCUGGUGAACAGGCCGCCCAGCGCGGACGCUUCGCCCGCUCAGCCGGGCGAGCCCCAGGCCAAGCGGCCGAAGCUGGAGGACGAGGGAGGGAUCGAGUCGGCCCAGCAUCAAGUCGCACCCGCCCAGCAGCCCGUCAUCGUCGCCAUGCCGUCACAAACCCACGACCCAAGACAAUAAAAUCCAGGUGGAGAGCCUCUCCGUCAUCCUCUCCAUGCUUCAACUCCUACACAAGUUUGAUACGACUGUAGCUGUUAUGACCCAAGAAAUAUACAGGCAGUCUGUCAGGAGGAAAGAAAUCAUCAAGAACAUCAACUAGAUUAGAUGUUUCAAAGCUACCGAUUUUAAAACCGCCGUUCUGGGGGGAGUUAUUUAAAUAUAACUAAGUCUCAGCUACAACAUUAACAGAAAAAAAAAAGCAUUAACAUUAUAACUCUCAAGCCAAAGACCUCACCUUUAUUGCUCCUCUGAUUAAUGUCUGGUCUAAAAGAAAUGUGAACUCAGAUAUCAGUGAUGAUGUGAUAAAUGAACAGAAGGUUAGGGAGGAAGUGGCAGACCUGGCUAAUGACUCCUGGGAGAUUAAAUAUAUGAUUGUACUCUUAAAAAAACUUGGAUAAUGAAGUGAGACUAAAGAAAUCUAACAGGCUGUCUCAGAAAAGACAGACCAAUAUAUUAAGGCCUGUACCGGAAUGUAAGACACCUCUUGCCUUUUCUGUAAAGCAUUAAAAGACAAGCUUAUGUUUCUGAAGGACAGAUAUUAGGACAUCCAGGAAUGACAGAGGUCUUUUUUUUUGCUUCACUUCAGCUCAUAUCUGUKUGAAGCUCCUCAGAUUCAGGUUGAUCUAAGCAAAAGACAUAAAUAAAAACAGAGGAGAGCAAUGUUUGUGCAGAGAAAGGCAAAAAGAGGCAGCUAUGUGGCGUUGACUGAAGUGGAGCUAACCUAAUGUAGACAAACUGAUUGUUGUUUUUCUUUUGGUUUUGUUUGUUUUAGUAUCACGAGCAGCGACACAGCCUGUGCAAAUAGUUUUGUCCUAGCACAGAGAAGCAUUAUUGUAAUAAUUCUCAAAGCCUUAAAUAUUUCUCCCCCUACCUUUUUUUUUUUGUUUUUAGUCGAUUUUAUUUMAACUUUUAGACUGCUUUACUGUUUUAGAUUAACAUAGGUCAGCAACACUACAGAGGGGACAGAUCUGCCGCAGCAGUCAAACCAGGUUCAGUUUUGUUAAGGGAAGAGUGGGACCAACUCACGACCACAACUUUCACCAGCUCUUAACUUUCAUCAUGUUUGGUUCUUUUCAYGCAUCCGUCUACUUUUACUUUUUUCCUAUACGUUUUCUCCUCAUGACACAUUUUUCCUCUCUAUCUGCUUCCCUCUUCAGUCUCCACAGAGACGUCAAGCUGUUGGCAAUUUGUGUCACAGACACCGCUUUAAUUAGACUUUCUAUAGCACUUUCUCCCCCGCUCUUUGUCUCCUUCUCACUUUGCCUUUAGUGUUUCAGAAUGUCCUCACACAAGCUUCAGUUUUAGCUGGCAUCAGGAGCAAGAUUUCAGUGAUUAUUGCACAGCAUUAGAAAUAUGCRUAAUGAUUGUAUGCUACUCUAUCUGCUAAACAUAGCUAUUUAGAAGGUAUUUCUUCUUAUUUUUGGAAAGACUAAAAAAUAUGUUCUGCUUUGUGUAAAAAUGGCUGUCAUCAAGGUAAACAUUAUGGAAAUAGAGAGGGUAUAUGGAUUUUUAAAUGUUCCUGUUUUUGUGAUUUAAAAUGUGUAGCAAAAAUUAAACUCAUUGACAUAAA